CAUCGGUCCGCGACGCCCCUAGCUGGAUAAAUGCGGAGGCUCCGCACGUAGGAUCUCUGUGGUCCGGAGCGCCGGGCCUCUUGGGCGUUUGGCGGGUUUCCUGUCUACUGUUGAAUCCGCCCCCGCCUUCUUCGGUGCCAUGGCGGACGAAGGGAAGUCGUACAACGAGCAUGAUGACCGAGUUAGUUUCCCUCAAAGAAGAAAGAAAGGCCGGGGUCCUUUCCGCUGGAAGUCUGGCGAUGGGAACCGUCGGUCUGGACGAGGAGGUUCUGCCAUUCGAACUGCCCAGAUCGAUGACGAUGACAGAGAUGUGGCAAUGACUGAUGCUCAGGAUGUUCCCCGCGCACGAUACAACCCCUAUACCGCCCGCCCCAAUCGUCGGGGUGAUGCUUGGCAUGACAGAGACCGAAUUCAUGUUACUGUACGCAGAGACAGAGCUCCUCCGGAGAGAGGAGGAGCCGGCAGCAGUCAGGAUGGGACCACAAAAAACUGGUUUAAGAUUACAAUUCCUUAUGGCAAAAAAUAUGACAAGUCAUGGCUUCUGAGCAUGAUUCAGAGCAAGUGUAGUGUCCCUUUCACCCCCAUUGAGUUUCACUAUGAAAAUACACGCGCCCUCUUUUUUGUUGAGGAUGCCAGCACCGCCUCUGCACUGAAGGCUGUCAACUACAAGAUUUUGGACCGAGAAAACCGAAGGCAGAUAUCAAUCAUCAUCAAUCCCUGUGCUCCUCCCCACACUGUACAGAAUGAACUGAAACCAGAACAAGUAGAGCAGCUAAAGCUGAUCAUGAGCAAACGAUACGAUGGCUCCCAACAAGCACUUGACCUCAAGGGCCUGCGUUCGGACCCAGAUUUGGUGGCCCAGAACAUUGACGUUGUCUUGAAUCGUAGAAGUUGUAUGGCAGCUACCCUGCAAAUCAUUGAAGAGAACAUCCCUGAGCUGUUGUCUUUGAACUUGAGCAACAACAGGUUAUACAGACUGGAUGACAUGUCCAGCAUUGUACAAAAAGCACCCAACCUGAAGAUCCUGAACCUCUCCGGAAAUGAGUUGAAAUCCGAACGGGAGUUGGACAGGAUAAAAGGGCUGAAGCUGGAGGAGCUGUGGCUCGAUGGAAACACCCUGUGUGACACCUUCCGAGACCAGUCUACCUACAUCAGCGCUGUUCGCGAACGAUUCCCCAAGUUAUUGCGCCUGGACGGCCAUGAGUUACCCCCACCAAUUGCCUUUGAUAUCGAAACUCCCACCACGUUACCACCUUGCAAGGGAAGCUAUUUUGGAACAGAGGCUCUUAAGAAUCUGGUCCUGAACUUCUUACAACAGUACUAUGCCAUCUAUGACUCUGGAGACCGACAGGGGCUACUGGAAGCUUAUCAUGACGGGGCCUGCUGCUCCCUGAGUAUUCCUUUCACCCCCCAGAACCCUGCCCGAAGCAGCUUGGCCGAGUACUUUAAGGAUAGCAGGAAUGUGAAGAAGCUUAAAGACCCUACCCUGCGGUUCCGCCUGUUGAAGCACACACGUCUCAAUGUUGUAGCCUUCCUCAAUGAGUUGCCCAAAACUCAGCAUGACAUCAAUUCCUUCGUGGUAGACAUAAGUGCCCAGACAAGUACACUACUGUGUUUCUCCGUCGGUGGGGUCUUCAAAGAAGUGGAUGGAAAGUCUCGGGACUCCCUGCGAGCCUUCACCCGGACAUUCAUUGCCGUUCCUGCCACCAGUUCAGGGCUUUGCAUCGUAAAUGAUGAGCUGUUUGUACGGAAUGCCAGCCCUGAAGAGAUCCAAAGAGCCUUUGCCAUGCCCGCACCCACGCCCUCCUCUAGCCCAGUGCCCACCCUCUCCCCAGAGCAGCAGGAAAUGCUGCAGGCAUUUUCUACCCAGUCUGGCAUGAACCUUGAGUGGUCCCAGAAGUGCCUUCAGGACAACAACUGGGAUUACACCAGAUCUGCACAGGCCUUCACUCUUCUAAAGGCCAAGGAUAAGAUCCCGGAAGUGGCGUUCAUGAAGUGAACCAGGACUGUGCCCCAGGAGCUCCCUGUAACUAAAUGCCCUUGGAUAUGAUUGUCUACUUGUCAUUGUCCUCUCCUCUUCGGCCUGAGGCCACCUCUGACUGUGACGAGGAGGGAGGGCUGCUGGAUCUCUCUCCUCACCUGCCUUCUGGAAGUCUUCCAGAAGAUUGAGCCUCAGUGGUGCCAGGAUCCCAAAGCUUACUUUGUAGAGCUGACACUAAACUCCGAAAGACUUAGGUGCUUUGUGUACUUAACCCCGGGACCUUCCCUACUUUUUAAAAUAAAAGAGUGAUAUUGUA